UCCUAUUCUCCGAAACUGUUUGGCCAUUAAGAUAAUUCGGGCGGGUACAAGGCUCGUAAAGGACCCUUGCUCGGCCCCAUGCCAGCCAUCGCCUGCCUUGUAUAGGUCUUCUGCAGCAUAGUGGCUUCGUCCGAAGACAUCCUCUGGGAGUCUCGAAGGUAGCGGAUGAGGCAGUUGACAUAGCGUCGCUCGCAGCGGGCGCGUUCGUUUGAAAUUUGGACGAACCGAAUGUCUGAGUGGCCGCCAUUGACUGCUCAGAAGUCUCGAAGUCAGUAAAAGGAUUAUGCGGUAAUACUUAUUUCGACAAGGGUCGUAAAGCAGCAUAUGCCACAUAUAACGGCUUCUCAGUGUACUUUCUACCCAAGGAAACAUACCCAAGCCAUUCUCCUCGAUUGCAUAGAGACGUUCCAUUUCACGUUUCGCGUUGCGUAAUCCCAUCAUCUGUGAUCUCAGCAGAGCGGGUAGACGUCGGGUGUUGGUAUUCUGGUGAUUCAUAAUGUUGAUUGAGUAUAUUAAUGUAUGUUACGUGAUCGUUGAGCUCCAUGUAUCUUCGUACCUGUUGGAUCUUGUCGCUCGACGUCAAGUCGAUCUUGUGCGUUCCGACACAUCGUUUGGAUCUCCCAUCGACGGAAUCCUCGGCGUACGAGCGUGAUUCGGUAUUCAUACAUGAGCACGCCAAGAACAUCUGGAUUUCCAUCAGCAAUUGCCAACAAACCCCAAGCACCGCAGAGUGGUUCAACCUACUGAUUCCUUCGUCAUUUGCACGCGCCAUACGAUAGCGUACAUGCUUAUGUCCAUGACCUGGGUCCAGUACCGAAGCAUAAGGCAUUGAGCCUGUGAGUUUUGGAACUUGGUUCAGGAUAACGUGUUCAGGGAGAUAGGUAUGAGGUAGGAACUCCUCCUGGUAGUUGUACUCGAACCACUUGUAGGCAUCCACUGGGUUUCCGAACACAGCAUACCUGGAGGAUGAACACGUCAAACAAUAAUCCGCACAUUUCAAUAGUGGCAGGCAUACCAAACGAGUCGUCGCAAUCCCGUCUUCACAUAUUGUCCAUUGCU